GGCAGCCAGUUCAGUUGAACGACGCACUCGCAGCGAAUCGAUCGCAGAGCCGGAACCCUAAAGAUAUAGAACCCAAACCGAAUAAAAGUUACAGUACCGCAAGUGACAUCAUGUGCAAAAGUGUGAUGAUUUGUUUGGCCAUCGUGGCCUCCCUUUCGAUGGUCUUGGCCCAAACCCAAACCCAGACCUGCGCUCAAGCCAACAGCCUGGACUUCAACAACCAGACCUAUUUCAGUGGCCAAUGGUUGGAGGUGGCCCGCAAUCCGGCCUCGAAUGUGUCCUGCAUUACCCUUAACGUGGGCUACUUGGGCAACACCAAUGUGUUGGUCAAUGUCACCCAUUCGAGCAGUAACGUCUCUCUACUGGCCGAUGUCCAUGAAAGUGCGAAUAUAACUCUGGUGGCUGGAUCCACUACCGGCUACAAUGUGAGCAUUGUGCAGGGCCAAAACACGGAGUACGUCUUUAUCAAACUGCUGCAGUAUGUGAACAACACCUACCUGGUGGGAUGCAGAUACAGUAAUGGCAGUGACACAUCGAGCAGCGCCGGCUUUAUUUUGGCCAGAGCUAAUUACACGGCCGAGGGCGUGAAGAUUUCUAACAACAAUGCUGCCCCAUUGUUUAGCAACUUCCAGGCCAACACCUACGGCAAUGUCACUCAGUUGAACUGCUAUGCCAGCUCUGCCGGUCAGACUGUGCCCCUGACCCUGAUUUCUGGCUUCCUGGCCCUCGCUCUGCUGCUGAUCAAGGCCUAAGGACGAAGAAGUAACUUAUUGCUGUGCCUAGCCAACUUAAAAAAGAAAAUAACCAAACCAAACCAAAAAACACUUGCCUAAGCUAUUGCGUCACUCUCUUUAUUUAGUUUUUAGUUCACUUUAAACUCCCCGCUCUGACAAAUGAGCCAAGGCAAAACGAUGUCAAUAAAAGUAAACCAAAUUGGGUGAGGGCCCGUAAAAAAAGCCCCAUGAAAAGAACAAAACUCGAUAAAGGUGUAGAGACAUUAUCAAGUGUCUCAAUGCUCUGCUGCAAUCAGUGCUUUAAUUUGCUGGCAACUUGUUCAAAGGUAUGCGUGAUAAGAUAAACGCAAGUGAUAACAAAAUAUAUGACUCUGCCACCAAUUCACACAA